GUUGAUGUGUAGAUUGUUUGUCCUGUGAUCAGAUGUAUUUAGCGUGUAUGUAUAUAAACGCUCACAAAGUAACCAUUUUCAGGAUGUUUUUAUAUUCUUAAAAGAUUAGUAUUCACAAAGACUGAAUGCUUGAAACUAUCACUAAGGCAUCAUGUCACGGAAAAGACCUCUUUGUGACAUCGUGGAGGAAUCGGAGCUGGAUUAUGAUCCAAAAUUGCCAAGAUCAGAGAGUGAUGAUCAAACCAAGAAGCAAAACCACAGUGAAAUUGAAAAAAGAAGAAGGGAUAAAAUGAAUACAUACAUCACUGAACUAUCGUCUUUAGUUCCAAUGUGCAAUGCCAUGUCAAGAAAGCUAGAUAAACUGACUGUUCUGAGGAUGGCAGUGCAGCACAUGAAAACUUUGCGUGGUUCAAUCAAUUCUUAUGCAGAAGGUCUGUAUAAACCAUCUUUUUUAUCCGAUGAAGAGCUUAAAAGAUUAAUUCUCAGAGCUGCUGAAGGUUUUCUUUUUGUUGUAAGUUGUGACCGUGGACGAAUGUUGUUUGUUUCCGAGUCAGUCUCUCAAGUGCUCAAUUAUUCCCAAAAUGAUCUGUUGGGGCAAAGUUGGUUCGAUAUUUUGCAUCCAAAAGAUGUUUCUAAAGUAAAGGAGCAAUUAUCAUCAUCUGACUUAUCUCCUAAAGAAAGACUGAUUGAUGCCAAAACUAUGAUGCCUGUAAAAACAGAUAUUCCUCAGACUCAAGUUAGGUUAUGUCCUGGUGCAAGGCGAUCCUUCUUUUGUCGUAUGAAAUGCAAGGUGUCAUCUUCGGUAAAAGAAGAAGCUGAUACUACCACUGGCGUUCAUAGGAAGAGGAAAUCCAGUCAUUCUGAGCGAAGAUAUUGUGUAAUACAUUGCACGGGGUACCUAAAGUCAUGGGCUCCAGCUAAUCUUAGCUUAGAUGUUGAAAAUGAUGUUGAUAGCGAUUGUAAUUUAAGUUGUUUAGUUGCUAUUGGGCAGAUACAGCAUUGCUUAUCGAAUCCUACUCCAAAAGAUGGCAUUGAAUUAAGAUCAAUGGAGUUUACAUCACGUCAUGCAAUUGAUGGAAAGUUUCUCUUUGUUGAUCAACGUGCCUUCUUGAUGUUUGGUUACUUACCUCAAGAGCUUCAAGGGUCAUCUUGCUAUGAAUAUUUUCAUCAAGAUGACAUUAUGCCUCUUGCUGAAUUUCAUAGACAAGUGUUACAAGGUCAAGAAAGAUUGACAACCCCAUUGUACCGAUUUCGCAAAAAGGAAGGAACUUUUGCAUUCCUUACCAGUAAGUGGAAAACAUUUCGCAACCCUUGGACAAAAGAGUUGGAAUAUAUAAUUGCUGUUAAUACUUUAGUUCCUAUGAUGGACACUGGAUUAGUCGAAAGCUCAAACAGCAUGAGAGAUGAUCUGCUGAAUAGUAACUCUAACAGUUUAGAUACUGUUCUGUCAUACUUACCUUCAAGUGUAAGUGUUGGAGAUUCUGCAAAAAUACUGGGGACUAAAGUUGGUGCUGGUAAAAUUGGUCGCCAAAUUGCCGAAGAAGUGUUAGAGAGACAAAGAGUGCAGGAGGUUAUGUAUUCAGCAGCAAACCCCUUGCUAUGUUCUAAUCAUUCCAUUCCUUCCCCAAUGCCUGUACAUGGGGGUAUACAUAGAGACAGAACUUAUAGGCAUUUCAACUCUAAAAGAGAUAUAACUGGUUUUGAUAACGAACUAGUUUCAAGUUCCCCGUCAUCAAAUAGUACGUCAUCACAGUAUGCUCUUCCCAUGCAUAAUCCAAUGUCGAUGAAUGACCAUAUCGAGCUUCCUGGGAUGGAUUCUGUUAUUGGACGUGAUAUGCUUCAGGCCUCAUAUCAAAGUAAUAGCAGUGAAGGAAAUGACGAAGCUGCAAUGGCUGUGAUUAUGAGUCUCUUAGAAGCUGAUGCUGGACUCGGCGGACCUGUAGAUUUUAGUGGUUUGCCAUGGCCUCUGCCUUAA